AUGGCGCCGAUGGAAGACUUAAAGAGCAAACGCAAAGGACUGCGUGCCCGUUGCACGAGGGCUAUCAACCGCCUUAAAGAGAACAUCGAUAAGGACACGAUUUCGCUGCUGAGACUUGAGCGAGAACUGGAUGCCCUUGCAGCGGACUUUAGACAGGCAUGUGACAUCAAUACUGAUAUGAUUUCGCUGGUGGAGGAAGAUUCGACGGAUGCUGAUGCAUUUGUUCAUUGGGAGGCGGAACUGAUUGAGGUGUAUUACAACUUUAUUGAUGAAGCCGCUGCCCAUCAAUCGAAGCUGGCCAAAGCUCGGCCACCUUCCCCCACAGCUUCUACUAGUGGGCCUGCAUCCGGUGCUGCUGUCAUCACGUCGCCCCCUGCUGGACUGGUUCCUGUGUCAUUGCCGCCAGUCACUGCUGUCAUCACGUCGCCCCCUGCUGGAUUGGUUCCUGUGUCAUUGCCGCCAGUCACUGCUGUCAUCACGUCGCCCCCUGCUGGACUGGUUCCCGUGUCGCUGCCAAGCGGUACAACUGCUGCUGCUGCCACGAUGGCCCCUCCUGGGCUGUUUUCCGCCUCGCUGCCGACUGUUCCUGCUACGUUGCCACCUGGUUUUGGUCCGCCACCCGGCUUGUCCCCAGUGAUGACUGCUGCUGGUCCAUUGUCGCUGUCAAGUACACCGUCCAUUGGUGUACCGCUUGCCAGCCCGUCUUCGAUUCGGUCUGGUGUUCGACUAUCUGCCGGAGUCGCGUUGGAUCCAGAGCCCACCUUCGACCGGUGGAUCGAUGAACUGGUGGAGUUUCAAGAUACGGUAUUGCCCGGUGGUGUCAGUGGUGAAUUGACUAUAGCGUCUGCCCUCUAUCGCAUAGAGGCGGGUAGAGACAUUCCUACAUUAAAGACAAAAUCGUUCAGCGGUAAAGCGAUCGAUUAUGUAGACUUUAUCGAUAGCUUUAAACUACACAUUCAUGAGAAACCACAUCUCAAAGAUGAUGCCCGUCUUGCGCAAUUGAGAAUGCAUCUCUCGGGUGAUGCUGAACGUUUGAUAGCUGGUUUAGGAUGUGCAGGUGUGAUGUAUGCAACCGCGUUGAAACAACUUAAGGACCAAUUUGGGGCCCGCAGUGUAGUUGCUCGUGCCUUUAUUGAUAGAAUUGCAAGGGGAAAAAAGAUUGAUAAUUCUAGAGAUGCACUUCGUGAUUUCUCCAUUGAUGUUAUUAAUGUCAUCGCAGGUCUGCAGCGCCUCCAGUACUUCGCUGAUGUGAACGCCGUUGCAACUCUACGCCGCAUCGUCCAGCGUCUCCCUGAUUACCUCAUUGACAAGUGGCAGGACACAGCCGCCCACAUUCGCGAGCGUGACCCUAUACGCGCGCCAUCAAUAACCGAUCUGUCCGAUUUCCUACGCAAGAAAGUCAGGGCAAAGUGCGACCCAGACUUUGGGGAUCUCCGCUCCACUGACAAGGGUGUUGCUGGUAGUAAGUAUGAAAAGCAAGGUACUGGUAGUCGCUCCUUUGCUGCGCAGGCUGUCAAGUAUAAGUGUUACAUCUGCUCUGAGCCACACAAGGUGCCUGAGUGCCCCACAUUUGUCAGUAAUUCAGUCUCAGAACGUCACAAUCUUGUCAAGACACAUAAUCUGUGUUUUUCAUGGCUUGUCAGGGGUCAUCGAUCUAAAGACUGCAGGUCGAAGAGGAAAUGUGGGAAAGCUGGAUGCACUAGGUGGCACCAUGUGAUGCUACAUGUUGACUCUCCACCUCCGAUUGUCCAGUCUGCUCCUUUUUCAGGUUCUGCCACAGCGGCUAUUGACAAAAAUGGUAUUCUGCCUGUAGUUAGGGUGUUGUUUAGGGCUGAAAAUGGUAGGAUCAGGCAGGGGAAUGUCUUGGUUGAUUCAGGGUCAACGACCAACAUUAUCCGGAGGGAUUUUGCAAGAGGUUUGGGCCUCCAGGGCAAGAACGAGCCCAUUGAAGUUCAAGUUGUUGGUGGGUCACAGCAGGGCCAGCAGGAUAGUCGUAGACUAAAGUUCUGGAUUUCCCAUUUGGAUGGAGGGGAGGAGCACUUAGUUGAGGCUCAUGAGAUGGAUUGCACAGUAUCUGAGGUCUCACCUUUGAACAUGGAAUAUUUGCAUUCAUUUUCUCAUCUCAGGGAUUUGAACAUCUCCCACCCUGGUGAUCCAGUCGACCUAAUAUUGGGGGUUCAGUACAGUCAUCUCCACUCAGAGGAAAAGGUCAGGCGUGGAUUGGAUUUUGAGCCCAUAGCCAAGCGCAUCCCACUGAGUUGGUAUGUAAUCGGUUCUGAGGGGAAGGCCCCUAAGCGGCUGUCUGUGAAUCUGGUUAGGAAGGUCGAUAUGUCUGACUUGUAUGAUCUGGAGGUGCUUGGGGUCAGAGCCCCAACUUGUCAAUGCCCUGUUGAUCCCAUGUCCUCAGAGGACAGGAAGUCUCUAGCGCUGUUGGAGAGCUCUGUGAGUCUGGAGGGGGACCGAUACAUGAUCGGUUUACCCUGGAAGAGAGAUCCCUGUCUCUUGCCUGACAAUUAUUGCCUGACCAAGAAGAGGCUAAUCUCUUUAGAAAGGAGUCUGUCCCGUACUCCAGAGAAGGCUUUGCUUUAUGAUGCCGCCGUCCAGGAGUAUGUCGACAAGGGAUGGGCCGUAAGGGUUGACCCCUGUGAUCUUGAGAAGAGGCCUAGGUUUUAUCUGCCGCAUCAUGGCAUAUACCGUCCUGAUAAACUCAGCACACCCCUAAGAGUAGUCUUUGACCCAGCUUGUCAGUUCCAGGGUGUCUCCUUAAAUUCUUUUCUAUAUAAGGGCCCAAAUUUGAUUGGAAACUUGUUUGGAGUAUUGCUUAGGUUCAGGGAGGACUUAGUUGCUAUUGUGGGUGACAUGUCUAAAAUGUUCCUUCAGAUUUUGUUGAAGCCUGAGGAUACCGAGGUGCAUCGUUUUCUGUGGCGAAACCGGGAUGACACAAGAGACCCUGAAAUCUUCAAGCUGACCAGAGUUGCAUUUGGUGAUCGAUCAUCCCCUGACAUGGCGAGCCUAGUGAUGUUGAAGAUAGCUGAGCGCCACAAGACGUCUCAUCCGGAGGCUGCCCAGGUACUAGAAGAAGAUCGAUACGUGGACGACCUGAUACAUUCCUGUGGAAAACCAGACGUUGCCCGAGGCAAGAUGAGUGAUCUUGAUGAAAUCCUAGCGACAGGGAGCUUCAGAGUCAAGGAGUGGUACAUUUCUCUUGGUAUCGGUAAACCUGAAGGUCAGCCAGCUAGUGUGCAUAGUGGUGAGUCUAUUAGUCUUGGAGGUAGCGGUAACGAUAGCGUCAAGACCCUUGGGGUCUCUUGGGAUCAUAGCACUGAUUUUAUUCAUUUCAAGGUGAAGGAUCCACCUGACUCGUCUUUUAGUGUAGCGGCCAAGGCUCAAAAAGGGCUCUAUUUAAGGAGAUACCCCUACCGGAGGUAUAACAAGCUGGGAUUGGUCUCAUUUUGUUCGUAUGGAUCUCUAGUUUCUGAAAAAUGA